CGGCUGAGCUGCUCUCUCCCGGGCCACGAGCUGGACGUGCGGGGCCUGGUGUGCUGCCUCUAUCCGCCGGGGGCCUUUGUGUCAGUGUCCCGAGACCGCACCACCCGCCUCUGGGCCCCGGACAGUCCUAACAGGGGUUUUACAGAAAUGCACUGUAUGAGUGGCCACUCUAAUUUUGUUUCUUGUGUAUGCAUCAUACCUUCAAGUGACAUAUACCCUCAUGGACUAAUUGCCACUGGAGGAAAUGACCACAAUAUUUGCAUUUUCUCACUGGACAGUCCAAUGCCACUUUAUAUUUUAAAAGGUCAUAAAGAUACAGUUUGUAGUCUUUCAUCUGGAAAAUUCGGGACAUUACUUAGUGGCUCAUGGGACACCACCGCUAAAGUCUGGCUGAAUGACAAAUGCAUGAUGACCUUGCAGGGUCAUACAGCUGCAGUAUGGGCAGUAAAGAUUUUACCUGAACAGGGCUUAAUGUUAACUGGAUCAGCAGACAAGACUAUUAAACUAUGGAAGGCUGGAAGAUGUGAGAGAACUUUUUCAGGGCAUGAAGACUGUGUAAGAGGUUUGGCAAUUUUGAGUGAAACAGAAUUUCUUUCCUGUGCAAAUGAUGCUAGUAUUAGAAAGUGGCAGAUCACUGGAGAGUGUCUUGAGGUGUAUUAUGGACAUACAAAUUAUAUUUAUAGCAUAUCUAUUUUUCCAAAUUGCAGAGAUUUUGUGACAACAGGAGAAGACAGAUCUCUGAGGAUAUGGAAACACGGGGAAUGUGCUCAAACAAUCCGACUUCCAGCUCAGUCCAUAUGGUGCUGCUGCGUGCUAGACAAUGGUGAUAUUGUGGUUGGUGCGAGUGAUGGUAUUAUUAGAGUAUUUACAGAGUCAGCAGAUCGUACAGCAAGUGCUGAGGAAAUCAAGGCUUUUGAAAAAGAGCUCUCCCAGGCAACCAUUGAUACCAAAACUGGUGAUUUAGGGGACAUUAAUGUUGAACAGCUUCCUGGGAGGGAACAUCUGAAUGAACCUGGUACUAGAGAAGGACAGACUCGUCUCAUCAGAGAUGGGGAAAACGUUGAAGCCUAUCAGUGGAGUGUUAGUGAAGGGAGGUGGAUGAAAAUUGGUGAUGUUGUUGGCUCAUCUGGUGCUAAUCAGAAAACAUCUGGAAAAGUUUUAUAUGAAGGGAAAGAAUUUGAUUAUGUUUUCUCAAUUCAUGUCAAUGAAGGUGGACCAACAUAUAAAUUGCCAUAUAAUAUCAGUGAUGAUCCCUGGAUGACUGCAUACAACUUCUUGCAGAAGAAUGAUUUGAAUCCCAUGUUUUUGGAUCAAGUAGCUAAGUUUAUUAUUGAUAACACAAAAGGUCAAAUGUUGGGACUUGGGAACACCAGCUUUUCAGAUCCAUUUACAGGUGGUGGUCGGUAUGUGCCAGGCUCUUCUGGAUCUUCCAGUACAUUACCAACAACGGAUCCUUUUACAGGUGCUGGUCGUUAUGUGCCAGGUUCUGUAAGUACGGGCACUACUGUGACUGGAGUUGAUCCAUUUACAGGGAAUAGUGCCUACCAGGCAGCUGGAUCGAAAACAGUGAAUGUUUAUUUCCCUAAAAAUGAGGCUGUCACUUUUGACCAAGCAAACCCUACACAAAUAUUAGGAAAACUAAAGGAACUUAAUGGAACUGCACCUGAAGAGAAGAAAUUAACCGAGGAUGAUUUGGUGCUUCUUGAAAAGAUACUUUCUCUAAUAUGUGACAGUUCUUCAGAAAAACCCACAAUCCAGCAACUACAGAUUUUGUGGAAAGCUAUUAACUGGCCUGAAGACAUUGUGUUUCCUGCACUUGACAUUCUUCGAUUGUCAAUUAAGCAUCCCAGUGUGAAUGAGAACUUCUGCAAUGAAAAGGAAGGGGCUCACUUCAGCAGUCAUCUUACCAGUCUUCUGAACCCUAAAGGAAAGCCAGCAAACCAGCUGCUUGCUCUCAGGACUUUUUGCAAUUGCUUUGUUGGCCAGGCAGGGCAGAAGCUCAUGAUGUCCCAGAGGGAAUCACUAAUUUCCCAUGCAAUAGAACUGAAAUCAGGGAACAAUAAGAACAUUCAUAUUGCUCUGGCUACGCUGACCUUGAACUAUUCUGUUUGUUUUCAUAAAGACCGUAACAUUGAAGGAAAAGCUCAAUGUUUGUCAGUAAUUAGCACAAUCUUGGAAGUUGUACAAGACCUGGAAGCCACUUUUAGACUUCUUGUGGCUCUUGGGACACUGAUCAGUGAUGAUUCCAAUGCUGUACAGUUAGCCAAAUCUUUAGGUGUCGAUUCACAAAUAAAAAAGUAUGCCUCGGUAUCAGAACCAGCUAAAGUAAGUGAAUGCUGUAGAUUUAUCCUAAAUUUGCUGUAGCAAUGGAGAGAGAGACUUGAGGUUAGUUCAGUUUUGGGUUUUUUUGCCUGCAUUUUACAUGACUGAUUACAGGUAAUAAAAAGAAAAGGAAUACUGUAGAUUAAGUACAAUUUCAGAUCCUGUAAAAUGGUGGGGUGGGGGAAAACGGAGAAAUAAAAUUUUUGCACUAACGAACUGUGAAAUUUUCCUGUGUAAUGUGGGUAGGUUUUCAAGGGCUUGGAAACAAAUUAGAACUAUAGUCAACAACACAACUCCAAGGGUAUUUUCUACCUUCGUGUAGCCACUCAGGAGAGCAUAGUGCCAUCUUUUCUAUAUCUGGCUUUUGCUGCUUCUGUACACCAAAUUCCUAGCUGUUGAUGGCUUUUAUUUAAUUUCUGUGCUUUC